CGCCCGGGGCUGCGCGAUGGGUGCCGAGGCCUCGGGGAGCGGGCCAGCGCUUCGGGAGCUCCUGCGCGAGGCCGAGACCAGUUUGCUCGAGUGCAAGGUGUGCUUUGAGAGGUUCGGCCACCGCCAGCAGCGGCGUCCGCGCAACCUGCCCUGCGGCCACGUGGUGUGCCUGGCCUGCGUGGCCGCCCUGGCGCACCCGCGGACGCUGGCACUCGAGUGUCCCUUCUGCCGGCGAGCCUGCCGGGGCUGCGACACUAGCGACUGCCUGCCGGUGCUGCACCUCCUGGAGCUCCUGGGCUCCGCGCCUCGCCCGGCCCCGGCUGCCCACCGCGUCGCCCCCUGCGGCCCUGGGGCCCUCACCUGCCACCACGCCUUUGGCGGCUGGGGAACCCUGGUCAACCCCACCGGGCUGGCGCUGUGUUCCAAGACGGGGCGGGUCGUGGUGGUGCACGACGGCAAGAAGCGGGUCAAGAUCUUUGAUUCCGGGGGAGGAUGUGCCCAUCAGUUUGGAAAGAAGGGGGACGCAGCCCAGGACAUUAGGUACCCACUUGAUGUCACCGUCACCAACGAUUGCCACGUGGUUGUCACUGAUGCCGGCGACCGCUCCAUCAAAGUGUUUGAUUUUUUUGGCCAGAUCAAGCUUGUCGUUGGAGACCAGUUCUCCUUGCCUUGGGGUGUGGAGACCACCCCUCAGAAUGCGGUCGUGGUAACUGAUGCGGAGGCAGGAUCCCUGCACCUCCUGGAAGUGGACUUUCCAGAAGGGGUCCUCCGAAGAACCGAAAGGUUGCAAACGCAUCUGUGUAGUCCCCGAGGGGUGGCGGUGUCUAGGCUCACCGGGGCUAUUGCGGUCCUAGAGCGCCCCCUGGCCCUGGGGACCGGGGCCUGCAGCGCUACGGUGAAGGUGUUCAGUGCGAACAUGCAGCUCAUAGGCCAGGUGGAUACCUUUGGGCUGAGCCUCUUCUUCCCCUCCGAAAUAACUGUCUCCGCGGUGACCUUCGAUCAUCAGGGGAAUGUGAUUGUCGCUGAUACUUCUAGUCAGGCUGUCCUAUGCUUAGGAAAACCUGAGGAGUUUCCAGUACUGAAGCCCCUCAUCACCCAUGGUCUUUCCCGUCCUGUGGCACUGGUCUUCACCAAGGAGAAUUCUCUUCUUGUGCUGGACAGUGCAGCCCAUUCUAUAAAAGUCUAUAAGGUUGACUGGGGAUGAUGGACAUGGUAAGGGUCCUGGGGCUGGGAAUCAGAAACCCUGGAGCUGCCACUAAUGAACUGUUUAGCCCUGGAUAAAUUACUUAAUCUCAUCUCUCCAACAGGGAUUAUUAUAACUGCCUGGCAGACUUACAGAGG